AUGUUAAUCAACACGGUUGCCUCGGUCUUUCUUCUCUUUGCCGGCUUUUCUACGGCCUUCCCUCAUCCUUCUGUUCCCCAGAUGAACGAAAAUGUCCUGGAGACUCGCGCGUCGAAGGACGUCAAUCCGAAUGCUGUUACGGGUACAACUUGCACAGAUCGAAAGGCUAAGAUAGACAAUCAUGAUAUGAACGUUGCUACCUUGGGUAUCUGUGGUGGCAUACAGGGGGCCAUCCAGAAAUGCGGUGGCGCGCCAAAAAGCACUGUGGGCCAAUCCGGAACGGCGAAGUUUACCUUGAACCCAACCGCCGCUGGUGCGACGAUCAAUGUAUCCAAAGGCCGUUGGGAAGGCUGUAUUCGUGCUGCGCGAGCUGUUUGCCCGGCUGGCAGCUUCAAAUCCGUCUGCAAGGGUGGUGCAAGCACUGGGGAUGUCGCUUUCACUCUCACCAAUCCUUAG